AAAUGGUGCAAUAAAGACUCCUAGUUAGUGAUUAACAGGAAAGUAUAUAAAGUCAUGACAGCGCCACGGUUUGGAAAAAUGCUGAGCACAUCAGCAUGGUGAAAACUUUGUAGCAGACAAGAGAGAGAAGCAAACAAUCGGACUGCCAGGAUGAGAAGAUCAACAGCAGUGAUUUUUGUCUUUCUGGUUUCAUAUAUCUGCAAAACGUUAGGAGAAACUUGUGAACAAAAUUGUGGGACAAAAUUAGACUCCUGCUCCUGCCACCCAACAUGUGGGUCUCUUGGAUCCUGCUGCUCUGACUACAAAGAGUACUGUGUAAACACGUCUCCGUACUCUGGGUCCAUACUGGGCGGCACAGAUUUUGUUGUCCUUGAUGCAAACUUCAACAAAAGCUCUGAUAUUGUUUGUAGGUUUGAUGAUAAAACUAAUACAGAUGGUUACGUGGAUGGAGAUGGUAGAGGCCACUGUAUUUCCCCACUGUUAUACGAAACCGGAUGGGUUUCUUUGCAGAUCUCCUCAGAUAACGGCACCACAUUCGACAGAGCUGGAUCGUGGCUUUCAGUUCACACAGGCAAGUUGGCUUCUCGAUUCAAAGCUAUUCUGGUGAACUCAACAAAGUGGCAGUACUAUGGAACGCCUAAUGUUGGAGGCGAACUACAGAUGACGUGGAAUACCACUUCAGUCAAUGCAGAAAAGGUCAACAUAGAGGUCUGGGGAUACGAAGAGACAGGGGAGCCGUACUCAGAGUCCUGGCAGGGUGAGUGGCGGUAUCUGUACUCCCUUACCAAGGAUCAUCCCAACAGUGGCUCCUUUAAGUUUGUACCCAAAAUAGCGGAUGGAGAUUUUUCUAGAUGGGAGCUCGGUGCCCUUCGUGUCAGCUCAGGCAGCUACCCUGACGGCAAGUGGAACGUCCAAGCUGCGUGGAGUGAGGAUCACGCUCUGGCCUGGCAUCUAGAGGAAAGCUUCAGGCAGAACUCAGCAGGAUGGGCUCUGGAUAAGUGCGUAGCCUGGGACAAGCUGGAAAAUGAGCUGCCAAACUUCCUCACUGAGAUCAUAGACUGCCCAUGCACACUGGCUCAAGCAAGAGCCGACACUGGGAGGUUUCAUACUGAUUAUGGCUGUGAUAUAGACAAAGGCAGUGUGUGCACAUACCAUCCUGGGAGUGUUCACUGUGUGAGGGCGAUACAAGCCAGUCCUAAAUAUGCAGCAGGACAACAGUGUUGCUAUGACAGCACCGGUGCUCAGGUUCUCACAGCCGACUCGAUUGGCGGUAGCACUCCAGACCGGGCCCACGACUGGGGGUCGCCUCCUUUUAAGAAACCCCCUCGGAUCCCAGGACAGUCCCACUGGGUUUAUGAUGUGCUAAGUUUCUACUACUGCUGCCUCUGGUCGGAUAACUGCUACUACUACUUCAAACACCGGCCCUCCAGCGACUGCAGGCACUACCAGUCUCCCAGUUCAGCGAUGGUGUUUGGAGAUCCACACUUUAUCACCUUUGACGGUGUCAGCUACUCGUUCAACGGCAAAGGGGAAUACACUCUGGUCAGAUCAGAGGAGAAGCAGCUGACAGUCCAAGGCAGAACAGAGCCUGUAAAGGAUUCAGAAAAAACGAUAAAUGCAACAAAGCUGACGGCUGUAGCUAUGAGAGAAGGGUCGUCCGACAUCAUAGAGGUGCGGCUGGAUAGCAGAAAUGAUGGCCUUGAGCUACUGCGCAAUCAGCAAACCCUCCCCUUUGCAGAGCAGACCUGGAUGGAUUUACAGGGCGUGUUUGUGUUUUCUCCCAUCUCUACAAAUGUAACUGUGAUGUUUCCAUCUGGAGCCGGGGUGGAGGUGCGACGUAGGGGUGAAACUAUGACCACCACUGUCCUGCUGCCAGAGGAAUUCAAAAACUCCACUGUGGGACUGCUGGGGAAGAUGAAUGGUGACGCCAAAGAUGACCUAGCCCUCAGCAAUGGGCAACUAGUGCAGAACCACAGCAACCCAGAGGAGCUGUUCAGCUUCGGGGCGAGCUGGGCUGUAGAAAACGCCUCCGCUUUGUUUACAUAUGAUUCCGAAAACCUUCUGAACGCAUAUUACUUCGCUGCAAGACAUGAUCCAAAUUUUAUGCCAGUAUUUUCUGUCCCUGAGGAUCCAGAUGAUCCGCUGAACACCCAGGCAGCUGAGAUAUGCACCGGAGAGGGGUCUCAGUUCUGCAGAUAUGACAUCCUUGUCGGUCGUAGCCCGUUAAUAGGACAUGCUACAAGAGUUUCUUUCCAGAGUCACGUUUCUCUGGUGGAUGAUCUGAAGCCAGUGAUCUCCUGUGGAUGGCUCCCACCACCUGCUAAUGGGAAGAAGCAGGGAACCAGGUACCUACAGGGGGCGAAGGUCAAGUUUUCUUGUGAUGACGGCUACAAGCUUAGUGGAUCAGAGGAGCGCACAUGCCAGAGAAACGGCAAAUGGUCUGGAGAAGAUGCGAGCUGCAGCGUUCCCAGUAAAGUUGCUGGAAUAGUGGCUGGUUCGGUCGUUGGAGCGUUGACUCUGAUUGUAAUUAUAACAGCGAUAAUUCUCCACUCCAGAAAACAGAAAAGGAAAAGUUCAGAUUCAGAUGAAGAAAGAAGUAAUACCUCCAAGCUCUAGUUCUAAAUGCCAUAUUUUAUCUGCAUUGAAAAUGUGCAGGUCAUAAAGAUUAAAAAAUGUACAGCUGGAUGAAGCAUUGAUUAUUCUCAGAAUGUACAUACAAUUUCUAUAUAGUUUGUAUUUGUGAGCAGAGAAAUAAAAACAAGCUAAACUUUGAAUUUAAGCCAUUUUUUUCCACACAAAAAUCUAACUUAUUAAAGCACCUUGAUUUUUAAAAAAUGACUAUGAAUAAGAUUGUGUUUUACUAAUGCCUGUAUUUUUAAUAUUGUAUAUAGAAUAUAUUUAGUCCAGGUUUAAAAAACAUCAGUGAAGCUAUUACACUUACCUGUAUGCCGAUGUUUUUCCUUGUUAAUUCAUUCUUCUCUUUACAACUUGACAUAAAACGUUAUUAGAAGCUCAAGACUAAUAAACUUCUUCUGGCAGCUGAUAACAUAAUAUAUGGACUAAUUUAUAAUAAUAAUAAUAAUUUACGGUGUCAUAUGCAUUGUUUUCAGCAUAUAUGGACCAUAAGCAUAUAUAGGUGCAUUUUUUAACUGUGGAUUUUGUGUAGGUACAUAACAUUUUGGUAAAUGUAAAUAAUCUUUGCAAUAAAGUAAAUCUGUUUUAUAUCAGUUUGGUC